CGUUGCGUAAAGCGUAACCAUUCUAUCUAUAACCGUGACCGGCAGGGAGACGAACGCACGAAACGGUUUGUGCACCUGUAAUAAAUAAUCUGUCGCCCGUCGGAUAAACGAACGAGGCGCCAACUUCGAAUGUAUUCCCGCUCACCAACAACCAGUUACCAGUUCAGUUCACACUUUCAUGCGGUCGACGCGGUCGAUUUCGUUAGUUGUCCAGAUUGAUUUGUGCCUUCGAUGGAUUUGUUUAUAGUAUAUAUUUUUUAAAUCAUGGACUAUCGUUUUUUAUUUUUCUUGGCAUUUGUGUGUCCGUUAGUGAAUAUCGUACAUUCAGACUUUCAAAAUGAUACCGUUCUUUCGGAGUGCAGAGAAAAAUGCUAUUUGCAGGUAAAAAUCUAUCUAUAAACUAGUAUAACCGUAACUUAUUUAAAUUCGUUCCUCCUCAAUUUUUGAUUUGAAACAGCAUACAUGUCUUUAAUUUUCUAUUUUUACUCCGGGAAUUAAAUUCCAGAAUUUUUUUUCCUAAUAUGGGUAUUAGGAAAAAAAAUAUAGGUGUAUAUACUGUACAAUAACACUUUCAUAAUAAUUAUGUUAGAAGUUAAUGAUGUUUGAAAGUACCUAUUCAACAUUAGAUUUGUUUUUGGUGGUUAUGUUUGGAAUUUCCCAAUAAAUGAAAAUCAAGCACAAGUAUUGAAAGUUUUAUAAAAAACUUCACUAUUUGGUCGUGAUUUACCUAAGAAUUUUCAAUAUUUAUUAAAUAUAAAAUAAUAAAAUAUGUAUAAUUGUAGUUUUCCGUUAAUACUUAAAUUUUUUUCAUUGAUGAUUAUUAUUCAAAUAAUUUUAAAUACCUUGAUAUAUUUUAAAUUUAACUUGAUAUAGGUACCUAUCUACCUUUUAUAGUAAACAUAAAUUUAUAAUAAAUGUAAUUAGUUUUAAUUAUUUGUUUUACCCAUUUAGUGGAUAUUUGAUGUCUAAUCUAUAAUUAUUAAUAUACUAUUUAAUAAUACAAAAAUACCUGGCAUUCCCAUUUAUACCUAUUCACGCUAUUUUUCUUAAUGAUAUGACGCGCCAUUUGGCUUCCAAAAAGAUAAGACUGUAUAGGCUAAUAGGUACAAACGUUUAUUUUUAAAUGUUUAUGUUUCUAAUGCUAUUGUUUGUUUUAUUGCCAGAGUAGCGAUAAAGUUUGUUGUUAUUUCAACCCGUGGCCAUACAUUUUCAACAUUUAAUUAUUAUUUUCUUCUAACAAUUAUCAUUACAUAUUUAAUUUCCAUGUCCAUAUACCAUUAUAAUAAAUCUUUUUCAAUUAAUAUAAAAAGAUAUAGGUAGGUAACUAAUAUCGAUUAUAUCAUGUUAUAAGAUACCUUUGUACUUAAAUUAUUGAUUUUUAAUAUUUUACUAAAGAUGUAUUACAUAUUUUAAUUUUCAAGAAUGUGUAUCUAGAUGAAAUUUAGAUAAUGAGUAUUAGGUUAUAUUACAAAAUUGAUGACACAGCACAUGUAUUAAAAAUAAUUUUAUUGGGACGGAUAAAAUUAGACUGAAGUUGAUUUUGAAUAAUAACAAAUUAUAAUAUUAUAAUGUAAUCUAGAACAAAACAAACUACAAAGUGAUAGGUUUAUAAUAUUUUAAAUGUGAUAAAUAUUUUGUGAUAAAAAUGAUUCAUAAAAUAUGUAUUAAUUUUAUAUAUAUUAAAUGAUAUAUAACAAUUUACUAUCUAUCUAAAAACUUGGAUAAUUAAUUAUUUGUUUUUGUUGAAAAGAGGUUCUUUUUUAAUAAUCGUUUUUUAAUCGUUUAAAAAUAAACACGGAUUUUCUACAUUUUUUAGGAAUUGAUCGACAUAUAAAUAGGUAACCUAAACAUUUAUUAAAAUAAAAAAAUCGUUUUCGUAAUUGGAAAGUUUACACUUCUUUUUCCAUCAAAUUUGUUUUCCCUGUUUCAUAUAUUAUAAACAUUAAUUAUUGUAUAAUAUUUUAUACAAAUAUUGUAAAUUUAUAUACCAGUGUAUCCACCACAUUAAUAUCUAUAUAGUAGAGUUGUUUUUUAGUUGAUAGUAAAUUUACUUAGAGCGUUAUCAAAUUUAUCCAUUAUUUGUAAAUUUUAAGUAUCUAAGCAAUUAGUUAAAACAUAUAGAAUAUUCUGAAGGAUUAGUUGAUUGUGUUAUAAAUAAUAGAUAUUAUAUUUUAUAGUAAAAUUUUACUCUUAGACACUUGUAGGUAGUAAUCACAACCUUGUGAUUACUAUUAAUGCAAUCCCUUAAUUAUAUAUAUUACUUGUUAACAAAUACCUAAGACAUAGGUGAAUCCAGAGGUGAAUUUACCUUUUAAUAACGUUGUUUAAAAAAAAAAAAACAUUUUUUUAGUUUUUAUAUUAAUUGAUUAUAAUUCAUAUCUGGAAAUAAUUGAACCACAUUAACUAUUCCUGUACAAAUAAUUGAAAAUAUAUGUAGGUAUCUAAAAUGUUAAAAAUGAGAUUUAAGGUCAGAUACGCAACCAAUAAGUAUGUUUUUUCUUUAAUAUUUAGAAAUAUUAAGAUAAGAUUCUAUAUUUGUUCAUAUACCUAUAUUUUAACUAAUAAUUAAUACCUACAUUUUUAAUGCAUGUAAAUAAAAUUAUUCUAGUUUUACUGUUACUUAAUAAAUCAUUGAUUAGCUACAUGAUAAGCAACACGAAACUUGGUACCUACCUAUAAUAAUAUUGAUAUUGAAUCACGUUGAAUAAUAUUUAGUAAAGAUUUUAUUUAUGUUUCCUAUAUUGAUUCUGUUCCGUUUUUGUUCUGAACUGAGUAUUCGAUGAAAAUACUAUUGAAUUGAUGAAGUUAUGCAUUUAUUCUAUAUUCUAUGUUCAUUUAUUUAAAAAUAAAAUAUAUUAUAAUUCCAUUUCAUUUAGUAAAAAUAUGUACAUGUAGGUAAUUAUUAUUUAUUCAAUAUUACAAGAAGUUAUUAAUAAAAUUAUCUAAUAAUAUUAAAUUUUUGGGUCUAAGUACUACGUAAUACGUACUUAGAUAAUUCAAUUUCGUAAAUUGUGUAUAAAUAAUUUUUGUGAGUACCUAUUUGUUGUCUAAAUACUAAACAAAAAGAUAUUUCCUUAACUCCUUCUUAACCUUUACAUAUUUUUUUUUCGAUAAAAUGAAAUACAUGAUGGCUCUUGUAAUUAAAAUUAAUGGCUUGAACUUUACUAAAGGGUUAUCAAUACAAAUGGAAGGCUUUUAAAUGCUAUUUAAAAAUAUGUUUGAAUAGUUAUUACUUAUGUGUUAAACAUAAAUCAACUAGAGUUAAUUUUUUUUUAAGUUAGGCAAUAAUAAGAACAAUAGUUUUAAAAUACGAGUAAAAAUAGAACAACUGUAAUACUGUCCCUACUGUUGGUACACAUUUCCUGGACAUUAAAUUAACAAAUUAAUUAAGGCAAUUUAGUGCGCUGACGUUAUGAUAACAAUUUGGUUAAACUUUUUUUUUGUUGUCGCUCUUGUAUCGGUAUAAGUUGUAUUCGCAUGUAUGCAACUAUAUGCGAAUCCUUAUAUGAAUAAUGGCUAUAACUUUCAUCUAAAUAUUAUAUUUUAACAACUAUUAUAGUGCACACUUUAAUCACAAUGUUUAUUAUUAAGAAGAGUAAUGUAAAUUAAUCACUUAACAUAGUAUUAAAUAAAAAAAAAAAAAAACCUGAAAAUAUUUAGUAUCUACAACCUACUCGUACCUUUAAUGGAAAUUCAUGAUUUUCAAAUCGUGAUUUAUAAUUUUAAAUUCUCAAAAGAUAUUUUUCUUAAAAUUAUAAUGUGGUACUUAUCUUAGUAGGUUAACAAAUCGUUAACGAACAAACACUUUACUCAGAUGCUGUACACGCAUUAAUUACUGGCUCAAUUUAUAUUCCAUAGCAUACCUAGAACAAUAUAAACAAUAUCAAAAUUCAAAAUUAAUUUACUUAGAAUAUAAAUUGUGGCAUUUACGUUGAAAUUGGAAUUAAUUUUAAGUUUAUUUGAAAUCACCAACAACUUUUAUGUCUUGUUUUGCGUAUGGCAAUUUUUAAAAAAUUUCUACGUACAAACUUCGAAAAUAUUCUCAUUAAAUAUUUAUAUAUAUGUUUUUAUUUGUUACAUAUUUUGAUAUGUUGAUCGUUACUCGGUAAUUGGACUGGGAGAAUAAAAUAUGUGACUAGUGUCCUUUUUAAUUAACCAUGUUUUGCAAAAAUAUGUUAAAAAUAAGAUUUCGUAUUUUAAUUACAAAUAAUUCGGAACAAACUUUGAUCAAAUCUAUUUUCUUAUACGAUGUAACAAACAAAAAAACAUUUUAAUGCAUUAAAUUCACAACCUUAAUGUGAGUUUUCUACUAUACAUUUUUUUCAGUUUAGAUUGAAACUUAGAAGAUUAGAUAAGAAUAUAAGUAAGAAAUAAUAAAAACAAAAAACCACAAAAAUGUAAUAAAAUUACUAUAAAUACAAAAUUGUAUUUUCCUGUGAUAAGACUUUUUAAUUAAUUAUGAAUUGUUUAUGACAAUGUGGUAAUUAUUAUAAAAAGAUUGAAGAUAUUAUCUUUUUUAGAAAAUAAAUGCUUUAAAAUAACUGGUUAAAAACAUUUCUUCGUCGAUAAAAAUAAACUUUAGUAAUAGUUUGUCAUUUUUAUAUUUUUAAAUAUUGGAUUAUUUUAAAUUAAAUUUGUGAAAUGUACAUGUUGCAUUUAUUAUUUUUCCUGGUUUUCGUUUGAAAUUAUCAUUUAACUAAACGAUUGUAAUCUUGUUAUUGCUACAAAUCUUUUUAAAUAAAUGUAAAUUAAAAUGUACAAUCAAUAAGAGUGGAAUACAGUACAGUUUUAAUAGUACUCUUUACACUUUAGAAUCAAUUAACUAAAUUACUAGUUAAAAUACCUAUGACCAAUUAUUAAUUUGUAUGGAUAGUUCUUGGCUAAUAGGUAUGUACCUUUUUAAAAUCAAAUUAUUAGUACCUAUUUUUUCUUAUUGGUUUUUAUCAAUAACUUUUGGUAUAUUCUUUACACUAAUUUUCAUGUUUAAAUUAAUUUAUCUAAUUUUAACAGAACAGCACCGUGUUGUUACUUGUAUUGUUGUAAAAUAAUAUCGCGUUUCUCGGUAUUUAUCGAGUGCUAUUGGUCAAAUUAUUUUAAUUAAAUAUAGUCAUUUGUAUAGUAAUAGUUUAUUGUAGGUAUAUAUUAUAUAUUUUUAUAUUUAUAUAUAUAUAUAUAUAAAUCCAUUGAUACCUAAUGAUAUUGAUGCCCAUUAAACAACCUAUGUAGCGUUUGUAAAAGAUAGGUAAAUUGUAAUAAUCUAAAUGUAGUAACCUGAAUGUAGAUCUUUACAUAACGCAGUCAAAUAAUAUACAUUCUUUACGUUAUAAAUGGGGAACAACUAACAUUGUUCGUCCAAAAACCCAGACGGUUACAACACUGACAGGAUGUCCGCUAUUUUACACGCAGGUAGAUAAUGAACAUUUAUUCAACCACCUGUUCAAAAAUAUGAUUCUUUAAUAUUUCCUUUGAUACUUAUUUUGACGGAAAAAAAUUCUCACACGUAUUUCUUUCAGGUUAAAUAUUUUCUAAAACAACUACUCAUUGUUGUUUCCUUUUAUUUUUGGUUUUUAAUAGUUUUACUAAAUAUAAUAUUUAAUUUAUCCAUUGAUUAUUAUUGUUAUUAUAUAUUUAUAAUUUGAGAAAAUCCCUGUAUAUUUAAAAUUGUAUUUUAACAUGAUUAUGUGCAUUUUGUAUAACUUGAUGUUUAUAUAUAUUUAUAUACAUAUAGACAUUGAUUAAAUAUAUAAUACUAACUGCUUAUUAUUAAAUAUAUUUAGUCAAUGAUACAGAGUUGUAUAACAAAAACGACGGACAUACUUCGCACGUAGAUGGGCUAUUGUUGUAGGAGUGAAGUUGGGAAAGUAAAGGGGAAAUUUAAUUAAUAUCUUGUACGCAACGAUUAACUAUUGCUAACGAAAAAUGAUCCUGAGCGGAAUUCGGUUAAUAGUAUUAUUUUAUCAACAAUAUAUGUCAUAUUGUGGUAAAAUAAUUGCUUAUGCAUUUAUUUGAUUAAUAUUGUACCUAUUUUCCCCAUCUAUUUGGAAAACUUCUGGGAAACUCAAAAAAAUGACCUCUUCAAAAUAUCACCCCAGGAAAAUUCCUUUUCCGAAAAGGCGUUAUACUUGAUACUUUGGAGCAAGAUUUCUGGUAGAAGUUUUGUAUAUAGUGUAAAAAAAAAAAUCUUAAAUAAAUCUUCAUUACACUCAAAAUCUAAAAUUUAAUCAGUAUGCCAAUGUUAGUUACUUUUAUUUUACAAUAAUAUAGUUACUAUCUAGAUAAAUUCCUAUGUAUUGUUCAAUUUUAUUUUUAAUGCUUUGUUUCAUACAAUUUUUACAGGUAAAAAUUAAAAACUAUUCACUUAUUAAAUGAUAAUUAUUAUUAUUUGUAAACUUAAUCUUGAAAUACAAUAAUGAAACAAUUAGUUCAGAUCAUGGUAGAAAGGUAGGUAGGGAGCCAGGUAAAUUGUUAUUAAUUAGUUAUUUAUGUUGUAAUUGAUUAAUUAAUUUUGCAUUGGAUAAAUUUAAUGAUUCAGAUAUUCAUGUUCUGUAAAUGUAGAAUCUAAUUAAAUUUUAAUUAGAUUUUGUAUAUAGACAUAUUAUAGUAUAUUCUAACAGUAUAUACCAAACAAGAUAUGCAAUAUACACAGCUAUUAUUUAUUAUAAGUAAUACAAUUCUUUAUUUCAGAAUGAACCUAAUAAUCAUGGAGAACUUUUAUGCGAUGCUGAAUGCGUAGUAAAUCAGGUAAUAUCUAUAAAUUAUAUUAUUGUGAUUAAUAACAAAUUUAAUAAUCUUUAAUAUUUCUUAAACUGAUUUUUUUUUUUGAAUAUUUAUUUGUUUUUUAUUAUAUAAUCGUUGAUACUUUAUCAAGGUAUUAUGUUUUAUGCAUUAACAUUUUUAAAAUAAAAAAAAAAAUCUUCCUGUGUAAAUAUUUUUCCACAUCCGGUGUUUACAGUUGAUAUGUUUAUAAAUACCUACUUUUAUAGUAGUUUUUUUAUUUCGUUUAUGGCUUUAGUUACUAUUAGGGGUAACGCAUGUUACGUAUGUGGUUAGGUAUAAAAUAAUUUUUGUAGCAUUAUAUAUAUGCUGAAACCUUAAAAAUGAUUAAAUCAUUAAUAUUAUCAGUAAUUUUAGUAGUUCAGUUUGUUUCUAUUUACUUUUCUUUUAAAAUUCUUACUUCGUGAUACCUAAUACCUAUUAUAAUAAUUAAAUAAAGAUUAUUACUUUAUUCAACAGUUUACUAUUAGUAACGACUUUUUAAAAGAGAAAUUACGCAUUUUAUUUCUAAGUUUGCCACAUUAUUUUAUAUUUAUUUUAAAAUAAAACUAUUCCCCCGAGUAUAGUAUUACUUGUCGGAAUUUAGUAUAAAUCUAAACGAAAACUGUCAGGUGGUGGUUUUAUGGGAUGUAAAGGGCCGCCUGCGGAAGUUCACUCGACCGCUCACAAACCACUGAACAAUGGGAUGAACUAGACUGUGUAUUAAUGCGUAAACCCUCUUUUAUGAUAAUAUUUGUAUUACCUAUUAUUAAUCCUGAAAUCUAUUUCCAUUCUAUUAUUGAGGCAAAAAUUAACAAAUUAUUAGUUAUAAUAUUAUUUUAUUUACAAACAAAAAAAUUGAGCACUAUUGGUUUGUACAUUUAUAUGUAUACUUAUUUUUGCAUUGAUACUAUUGUUCUACUAAAACUGGUUAAAUAGUUUAACCUACCUAAUAACAAAACGAAUUACAGCCGUUACAGGAUGAGGAUAAAAAUGAUUAUUUUGUCACAGUUAAUAGCUAGGAAAAGUACUAAACCAUGAACAACGUUAUUUAUACUUAUAGUAUCCAUCCGGUUUCCUCGCGCGUGACCGUUAUAAUAUUAUUAAAUCUACCUUGAAAAAAACAUUAAAUAUUGUUUGAUAUUUUUGACGAAUUGUUUGUAUUGUAUUGCAAAUAAUAUAUUUUCAAAAACUAAGUUGUACCUGUGCUCAAAUUAAACAAGUAUAAUUUGUUAUAUAAAACAUAUUUCACAUAAUUAGCAGCCAUAUUAUUUUAUAGCUUUCAAUCAGCCGAACAUGUUAUAACAGUAUAUAAUAAGUAUUAUGAUUGUGGAGUAAAACACCUUAAAAUAAAUCAGAUGAAAUAAUAACACUUGAAAUCGGAACUUUAUUUUUUUAAUAUUGGAAGAGACUGAUGGAUAAUCCCCGAUGGAAUACAGACAAUUUCUAUUCCCGACUAUAUCUUUUGGUUUUACUAUGUGUGAUUUUUUUUUUUUUUUUUAUAUAUAUAUAAAUUUUUUUUGUCCGUGAGCAACUUUUCUACUAGAAAUUUUGUUCCGAUGUAUCAAGUGUAGUACCUUUUCUGAAAGGAAAUGUUAUCUAGUUAAUACUUAAGUCUGUCUUUUUUAGAUUUUCCAUGAGGGUUUUUUUAUUAUAAUUGGGAAAACCAGAAAAAAAAACAAAUAUACGACAAGAAAAACCGAUGAAUAUUUAAACCACGGUGUUACCAAUUUUAUUAUUUUUAAAUUUUACACGUUAUGUUUCCAAAAAAACCUUGCUUUAAUCAAAAAAUUCUAGGGGACCUUUUUUCUUGCAUUUUGGAUCAUGAUUCUCACGAAGAAAGUUUUUUUUUUGAUUUUCUUAGUUGUUUUCAUAACAAUUGAGAAAACCGGAAAAAGACGAAAAAUAAAACUGAUAAAUUUACGGCGUUAUGAUUCCAUUAUUUCAAAUUUUGUCGACUUAUGUUUUCUACCGGAAAUAUUGCUCCAAUAGAAAAUCAACAAAAGACUUUUUUUGAAUUUUUAAUCUAAUUGGUGAAAAAAUAAGUCUUUUUUCGAUUUUUUAAGUUCUUUUCAUAACUAUUAGGGAAAAACGUAAAUUUAAAUCUGACAAAUUUACGGCGUUGCGAUUUCAUUAUUUUACAUUUUUAUGCUUUAUCUUUUCUAUCAGAAAUAUUACUCCUAUCGAAAAACUAUAGAAGCUCUCUAUGGUUCCAUUCUAUAUCUAGUUUUUGAAUAUAAAUUUUUUUUUAAUUUUAUGUAUAGUUUUUUUAAUAAUUAAACAAAACCAAAAAAAUAAAAAAAGAGUGGGAAAGUUCACAGAAAUAUGCUUUCAUUAUUUUCAAUUUUGUUCUUUUGCUGCAAUUCAGUUAAAAAUAUUUUUAAAAACUUGAAAUUUUGAUAGAGAAUUAAUAUUUUAUUUUUCUAGACUUAGUAGAAUUUUGAAAAUAUUUAAAAAAUAUUUUUGACCUAUUUAUUCUAGACAUUUUAUAUAAUCGAGCUUCUUUUAUGUAGUUUUUAUUUGGUUCGUACUAGGUAGUAUGUACUCUUUGAAUGAGAUUAUUAUAGAUAUAAAUUAAAUAACUUGAUGUAUCCUACCAUGAAAACGUCCCACCUAACAGUGGUAAAUCCAUCCCCAGUAUCAGCUAGUUUUUUUGGUUAGGGAAAUGCUCCAAGUUUUUCACACAGUACCUCUUAAAGACGCAAUUUCUUACCAGUGGUACUUGAAACAUUUAUCAACAAUUUCAUUAGUUCAUCACCCAAGGUGCUGUUUUUGUUGUUUGAAUAUUGUUGAUUUCUGGUUUACCUUUAUAUCUUUGUUUGCAAUGAUUUAUUCAUUUACAGGGAUACAGGGAUUUAAGUCAAUUCUUGACAUUUUUUAAAAAAAAUUGUUUUGUUUAGAUUUGGAACAUAGCGAGGGAUCUAUUGGUUUUACUAUGAUGUACAUUUUUUUUGUCUGUACACUACUAUUUGAAAAGAAAUCUUGCUCUGGUGUAUUGAGUGUAACACCUUUUCUGAAACAAAAUUUUCUCUAAUUGGUGCAUUAAAAAGGUCACUUUUUGAUAUUUUCAAAAUGAAAAACGAAAAAAAAACAUAGGAAAACCCGUUAAAACGUAGGACAAACAGUAAAAUCAACACAAUAUUAAACAAAUAUUAUUAAAGAAAAUAUAUAAUGCCUAUUUAAUUUUACCACAAAAGGACAUGUAAAUUUAUUUAUUUGAAAUACACGCCCGAAGACAUUCAGCACAGAAAAUAUAUACCAAUACAAAUUGUAAAAUGUACAUAAAAAGUAAAAAAAAAAAAAACAAUGUUCAGUAAAUCUGUAUGUGUUCUAGGUAUAUAACUAGUAUACAGCAAAAUAGUUAAAAAGAGAAUAUAUUGAUUUGUAGCGUACUUUGAGAGGAAUGAAAAAUAUCAAAAUUAUUUUGAAAGUUAUUACAGGAGACUAGUGCUCUAUUGAUAGGGGGAAAUUAUAACCGUAAAGUGUUUUGUGCCUAGUAAUGUGAAAGGUUGGUCGGUUUCUAGAGUUAAAAGUGGGAACAGAUAAAUUAAUUUGACUAAGAUGAAAAUUGUCCUCAAUAGUGCAAUUUAAGAUUUUGUAAAUAAAAAUUAGAAUAUAAACGUCUAGAACUAAGAGAAUAGACAAACAUAGGUUUUCUAAGGGGUUUAUAACAAUGAUUGACGACUAUAUAAUAAUUAGGAAUAUUAUUGACAAAUAAUCACUAUCAAAUGAACUCCGCUCAGAAUCAUUUUUCGUUAGCAAUGGUUAAUCGUUGCUUACAUUAAAGAAUACAUUAAAUUUCCCCUUUACUUUCCUGACUUUCAACCUACAACAAUGGCAGCACCCACGUACGAAGUAUCUCUUUUUGAUUUUCCAUUGGGUUAGCAAAAUAGUUGGGAAAAACCGGUAAGAAAAUUAUAGGUAAAACAACAAAUAUUUACUGCGCUCCAAGACGCGCCAAUUUACUGAUUUCUUUGUUUUCAAUUUGAUUGUUUUAGUGUUUUCUAUCAGAAAUAUUACUCUAAUAGAAAAAUGACAAGAAAAGUUUUUUGUUUCAUUUUGGAUCUAGUUGUUUUCGAUAAAUGUCGUUUUUUUGAUUUUCCUAUUAGUUUUCAUUAUGAUUUGGAAAACUGGAAUAAGAUGAAAAAUUAACAAAUUUACGGUUUACGAUUUCAUUAUUUAAAAUUUGUAUGGCUUAUGGUAGCUCAUAAGCUACCAUAAAUAUUGUUCAAAUAGAAAAAAAACAUUAUAUUGACCUUUUUUGUUGCUUUUUUAAUCUAGUUGGCGAUUAAGAAAACUCAUUUUAAUUUUAUUUAUAGCUUUUAUAUUCCUUAAAUUUUCUUUUUUAAUGUAAUUAAGUUUAAAAUAUUCGUAAGGACUUGACAUUUUGACAGAAAACUUAUAUUUGUUUUUUCUAUACGUGGUUAAAUGUUUAAAAUAUUUGAGCCAUUUUUUAGCUAUUCAUAGGAAUGUUUUGUUUGCGUGUUUUUUUUUAUGUAAGUUGUACUUAGUAGGUACUCUGUGGAUAAAAUUGUGAAACCAAACAGAAAUGGCUGAAAAUUCAACACGAGGUUCAUUUUAAGCCCUAUUUAUUGGUCUAACAAAAAAAAAAUUGAUUGUAAUGUAGAAUUUUUGUUUAAAAUCAUACGAGUAUUUUGACGAAGAUUAUUACGACCUUUCAAAAUAUUUAAAACCGAACUUCCUUUCGUAUCGUUUUCGUCUGCAAUUAUUUAUCAUUAUUUACAGCCUGUAGGUAUAAAUUAAUUAAAUUUAUGUAUUCUUACGACUUUCCCUUAUACUCGUACAAUAGUAGUUUACUUGUCUUUUUUCGUAUUCUUUAGGUAAAAUUAAAUAAGUGUGCAUUUCAAAAUUUAACUAUUUUGUAUUGAAAAUUUGACCUAUUGGACCUUCUCCUCUAGGACUAAACGAAUAACCACGUAUAUCAUAUCUUCUAAACUACUCCCAUAAAACAUUGGUAACUUCUUAGUAGUAGAUAUUAACCUUUAUUUAACAAUAUUGCAUAAGUAGUUUGCAAAAAUAUUAUUUUUAUUUAGACUGUUAUAGAAUACAUUUUAUAGUUUUACAUAAUUUAUGAAGUUUAUAAUAUUUUUUGUUGUAUUUUAAAUGUACAAAUUACGAAACAUUAUUUUUAUGUGUAAUUAUUUUGCAGUACAUAAUAAUUGAAUCAAGUGGUCAAGGCACUUAAAUUCAUCUCACUACGAACAUAUAUUUAUUGAAUGUUUCCUGUGUUGUUGAGGACAAUAGAAAUUAAUUAUUUUUAGUUUAUAAUUUAUACAUAAGUAUAGCUUUAAUCCAUAGACAGUAGACAUAAAGUGAAGAAAAUGAAACUUAGUAUUAUUGAUUACUGUUAAUGAUCAUAAUAUGCUUGAUUACUUAUAAAAACUAAUAAGCAUUCAAACUAAAAUCAACUUAUUAUUAUUUCUAUAAUAGUAAAUUGCUGAUAUAGUAAUAUUAGUAGGUAGGUUCUUAUCUAUUAUUUAGGUACAAUUUUCAGAUUGUAAUACUCAAAUAUUACAGAAUUAGUGGGUUGUAUAAUGUAAGAUGUUCAAAAUUUGCAAAUUCAUUAUAAGUAUUAUAUUUUUAGAACUUUAUUAAAAUUAAUAACUUUGGAAUUUCUACAAUCCAAUUUUAUAUAAUGUUGAAUUUCUUAUUUAAACGGUAAUAAGUAUUUUAUUAAAUUGUAUCUAUAAAGACCAAUAUGUUCUUUUUAUCUGGAAUCUAUUUUAAUGGGUAUUUUAGUAUUUUAUUUUUCUUAAAAAUAUUUUUAACAGUUAUUUUAAAAUAAUUGUCAAGAUUCGGAGCGUUACGAGUGAUCUAUUAGAUUUACUAAGAUGUUUGUUUGUAUAUUUUACUUUUUUAUAUUUUUCUUACGUCAAAUAUGUACAGCACUCCGUGGCGUUGCCGAUUUUAUUGUUCUUAUGAAACAUUGCUACAAUAGAAAAACAACAUGGAAAUUCGACACGAGGUUUAUUAUAAGUUGAACUUAGUGGUGAAAAUAAAAAUAGAUUAUUAUGUAGAAUUUUUUUUUUAACUUUUUAAAAUCAAAUUUCGACAAAAAUUGAGAAUAUUACGGCAUUUCAAAACAUGUAUGACCGAACUAUUCUCCGAAAUGUUUUUUGUUAAUAAUGGUUUAUCUUUGCUUGGAGCUAUAAAUUAAAUACCUCCAUGUAUCCUAUACCUUCGAAACUUCCCAUUCAGAACACUGGCUCACCCGUCCCCAUUAUGAGCUCAUUUUUAUCUUUUACUUAGUAUGGUAAAUUACAUAGUAGAAAAUGAUCUUUCAGGUAGUUUUUCAAAUAUUAUUACUGCAUUCACGAUAUUUUUAUCUAUACCUGUAACUGGCCGUAACUGUUGCUUCAGCCGAGUGAUUAUUUUCUAAAUAAAAAUAUCAAAAAUUAUUUAGGAAAUACAAUUUCUCAAAAAAGACUGAAUAAUAUUCCAAUUUUAAAUAUAGAAAGAGAGGGCACCGAAGAAAUAAAUAUUGUUCAUAUAAUUAACAAAUUUUGCAAAUAAGAAGGAAGAAAAAAAAAUUACUAUCUAACACUGGUUUUAAAAUUACAUAACUCAAAUUAAUACUACUUAUUUAUGACUUAUGACAAAUAGAAUUUUCAUUUUAAUUAUUUUAUUAUUAUGUUUUUUUUUUACAAAGCAAAAAUAAAAUUUGACGUUUUAUUUUUAUCAAAAUUUUAAUGGUAGAUAUUUAUCGAUUUAUUUUUUACAUCAAAUUGUAUUUAAAUUUAAAAAAUAUGUUGUAAGCAUACAACUAGCAUACAAGCUAUUAUCUAUUAUAUACCAUGUAUAUAAAAUAGACAAUUUUGUCUGUUUGUGUUUUAUGCGCUGCCAUACCGAUUGUGAUGGGGCUUUUGUUAAAUGUUCAGGAAUUUCCCGGGAUGGUUAUAGGCUAUCGGAGAAAUUUAAUAAUUAUAUCCUCUUCACCAGAAAAAUUACCCUUUGUAGUGAAAAACGAUAAUAUAUUGCACAUUUUACAUUUUGUUUAUUUACCUUGGAGAUUGUAUGAAGAGUCAAAACUAAAAUUUUACGGGACUUUAUAGUUACUAAGGAGCCUCCUUAAUUGCAUUUAUGUUUAUGGAGCACCUAUACCAAUAUUUACCUAGGCACACAAAUACCUAGCUACGUCACUGGACCUACUAAUUGUUAUAUAAAAAUAAUAUAUAUUCAAUAUAAAUAAUGAAAAAGUUAUUUUUUGAUUUUCUAUCUAGUUGUUAUAAUAAUUAGAAAAAAAACGAUAAAAACGUCGAAAGAACGGAAAAAUUUACCAAAAUAAUCCAUUUAUUAUUUUCAAUUUUGUUUUUUUGGUUGUAAUUCAGUUGAAAAUAUUCGCUUAACUACAAAAGACAAAAACUUUCAGUACCCCACAUGAAUCCUAUUAACAUUUAUCUUUCACGUAAAAAAUUCCAGGUAACCCACACAGGUGCCUUAAAAGAAACUGAUGUAUAGGGAAUACAAAUUCUCAAAUUAUGUAAAUUAUAUAAAUUUGAGAAUACCUAUUCUCUCCCUAAAACUUUUUCUAUGAUGUACCGCCAAUUAGUUACAUCUCAUUCAAAAAUAUUUAAGAAUAACUUAAAAAGAUAUGUUGUGGAUAAACUGUUUGACGAAAUAGAAAUGUUGAAAAAUUUAAUUGGGGGUUAGCUUAUGUUAAUUAUAAGUCACACUUAAAAAAAAAUUGUAUGAAUUUAUUUUAUAUCAAAUUUUGAUAAAAAUCGUAGAUAUAGAUAUUACUUCGAUCCGAAUCGGUUUAUUAUAGUUUACAUAUAUAAAUUAAAUAACUUUAUGUAUCAUACCUUCCCAACUCCCCACUUACGACAUUGACACCACUAUCAGCUUAUUUUUAGAUUCUGCAGAGUGGAGUGAGGAAUAUAUUGGUUUUACCUAGAUAUUUAUUAUUAGGUUUUUUUUCAUACUGUGUACAAAAAUUCUACCAGAAAUCUUGCUCCGAAAUUUCAAGAUACCACCAUUUCUGAAAGGGGAUUUUCCUGGGGUAGUAUUUCAAGUAGGUCAUUUUUUGAUUUUCCCAGAAAUUUUCAUAAUAAAUUUGAAAAUGGAAAAAAGUAUAAAAUGUUUUAUUUUCAAAUUGUAAAUAUUAUUAUGACCUUUCAAAACUCCGGUCAGAAUCGUUUUUCAUUAGCAAUGAUUAAUAUUCGCGUAUAGAUAUACAUUAAAUUUCAUCUUUACCUUCCUAACUUCUCACCGACAACAGUGGCCCACCCAUCGUGCGAAUUAUGUUAGUUUUUUUUUUAUAUUGCAUAUUGCUUAUGAUUUUAUUUAGUUUAUUUUUUUUCCGUUUAUCCAAUACUUAUGUUUGUUUAGUAUAACGUUUAAUAAUUAUUGCCACUAAACAAAGUCAAAUUGAUAUAAAGGGGCAUCCCGACCCGCAUUUGUAGAUUGGCUAAUAAGUAACCCUGACUAUUAUUUUAUCGAAUUAAUACAUUGUUGGGGUCCCGUAUGAACCGUGUGAAUCAUUGUGUUCGUGACAUGGGUCCUGGUCAAUUUUAUUUAAUAAAUGUAAUCAAAUAAUAUAUUAUUAUUAUUUUUAUUAAUGAAUAGUAAGUACUUAUUCAUUUUAAAAUUGUAUAAUGUAUAAAUAAUAACUUGUUUAAAUAAUGUCUGAUUUGGCAUGCUAAAAAUACAUAGGAAAAAGUAGAAUAUUUUAUAUAAUAUAGUUUUAGCUUAGAUUUCUGAAUAUAUAAAUUAAAUUAGAUAUUUUUGUUUUGUUAUAAGUUGCAACACAUUGUUAAUGACAUCUACCAUAAUGCUUUGUUAUAUAUUCCAAAUCUUUCCUUCCGUUUAACUAUUUUUAUUUUUAAACUCUUUAACCUAGCUUUAAUUUAAAUAAAAUCUUAAAGAUUUAUUACACAUAUUACAAAUUAUAUAAUAUUUUGUUAUAUAAUUUUAGUUUAAAAUAAAUUUAAAAUGCAUUAUAAUUUACAAUAUUUUUGUUAUCAAAUAUUCAUAAAAUGUAACUAACCCAAAAUCCUAAAGUACAGUUGUCUAGUUUUAGCUAUCUGUGCAUUCAAUUAUUCAAGUGUUAUUUUUCACCAUUAUACUAUUUUGAUGUUAGGUACACUAAUAAUCAUAUAAUAUUAAUUUUAGUUGUAUGACCACAUUUAAGAUUCUGAGUGGAACAAGGAAUGUAUUGGUUUUACAAUGAUGUUUUUUUUUUAUCUGUGAAUAAGUGUAGCACUUUUUCUGAAAGGAAAUCUGACUGGGAUGGUACUCUAGGGAGAUAUCUUUUGAUUUUCCUAGCUGUUUUCAUAACAAAUGGAAAAAUAGGAAAAUGUACAAAAUGUAUUACUUUUUCAAUCUUUUGUUUUUUGUUUCGUUUUGAUUUAGUUACAAAUAUUUGUAGUUUGGACAGAAAAUUUAUAUUUGCUUUUUCUAGACUUAAAACAUUGUAGUCAUUUUUAGGUAGUCCGCAAAUAGAAUUAUUAAACCGAACAGAAAUGCUGGAAUAUUUAACAGGAGGUUCAUUAUAAAUUAAUUUUGUAGUAAAAAAAAAUAAAUUGAGUGUAAUGUUGAUUUUUUUUAUAAGAAUUUUAAUAUCAAAGUUUGAUUGAAAAUCGUUUUAGUAAAUAAUUAUGUAGAUAUUUUGUUAUGUAUGACUUAUGUAAUACAUCCAAGUACAAGUGGCUAUUAUGCAUAUGUAUUUAUUUUACCAUAAUAUAGCCCAUAUAUUGUUGACAAAGCAACACUUAAUCGAAAUUCGCUGAGAAUUUUUUGUUUGGUAACAAUGGUUAAUUGUUAAAUACAGACAUACAUUAAAUUUGCCCUCUACCUUCCCAACUUCUCACUUACAAUAGUGGUUAACCCAAGUGCGAAGUAUGUUUAUCUUUUUUUCCUUCAUAUUCUUACUAAUGCUAAUAUACAAAUUAUUAUUUUUAGUAAUUGUUAAAUGGAAUAAUUCCGAACAUAAUUAGUGGAAUAAAAUAGGAAUUAACUCAUACUAUAUUUUGAAAUCUCUAAAAUAUUGUUAAGUACUUAUCUACUCAUUUUAUAGUGUAUGUGUGACAUACACAAAUAAUAAAAACGAAUAUAAUAAAUCAUUAAUUUGUUUCAGAGUUAUAUAAAACAAUUAUAAUGUUGAAUGUAAUAAAUAUAAUUUUCAGUUGAUGCAUAUUACUUUGUAAUAUUAUAUGGUAUCUAAUCUUGUACCUAAUACUACCCACUUUAUUAUUUAUUUGGAUAAAUUUUAAAUGUAAUUGAUUCUUUAAUUUUUAGUGUAACAGAGGAUGUGCCUUAUGGAACGAAGCACUUUAUAGUAAUUGUUCAAAUGUUUGUGUAAGUAAAUGCUUUAUUAUAAAAAUAAAGUUGUAUAUAACUAUUUAUUCAGUGAUUUAUAAUUUAAAAUAUUUUACAGGAUCAAGUUAAUGUAAAUCACAUUUCUCAAACCAAUUUAUAUUGUAUAGCAGGGUGCAAUGAUGCAAUCACUUUAUAUUUUCAAAAUAUCCAAUGUAUGUUUUUAUAAUAUUUAAUCAUUUUAAAUCAAUCAUAAAAAAUAUAAGUUAUUUACAGCAUAUUGCUAUUUUUUUUUUUUUAGCUGAAAUUGGUCCUUUACCACCUCCAACAUUAGUACCUGAUUCUUUAUCAGAUAAAUCUCUCAAGCUUCAAUGGAAGGGUGUUAGAAGGAAAAACUUUAUGUAUAAAGUUCAAUGGAAAUUUGAGAAUAAUCCAGUAAUUUGGCAGUAUUGUCAAAAAGAAAAAUGGACCAAUUUGUCUAUAAUACAAUUGGAUCAUUUAAGGCCGUAUACAAAUUAUCAAGUACUAUUUUAUCUUAUUUCCUCAUUGUUACCAUAGAGAUUACCAAAUUAAAUUUUUGAUAAUUAUUAAUAAUUGUUAAAAAAUGUCUAUAACCAUUAAUUAUAACUUUUCUUUUUAAACAUCUAAGGAAAUGGUUUUUUUUAUUUUGGUACAAUUCUGUAAUUCUGUACCUGUAUUCAUUUUUUCUCCAGAAUUUUCAUAGACAAUUCAAUCUAUAGUGGCUAGUAGUUUAUCAUUUGUGUUAUAUGUUAUAUUUGUUUUUUUGAUUGUAAUGUUUUUAACUUUUUUUGUUAUCCUAAGAAAUGUAUUCAUUAAGAUCUUAAAAUUUGCAUAGUUAAAAUAUCAAAGUCAAAUAUUUUAUAGAGUUAAUUCUUCUGAAAAUUUUCGUUAAAAUUGUGACUUAAUCAUUUUUCAAAGUUUAGAAAAAAGUACCUAUAAUAAUUAUGCAGUUCGCUGUUAUCGCAUUUGCUGAUUGAUUAUUAUUACCAUACCUAAUUGACUGUACACUUUUUAGAUUCAGAGUGUAGCAAGGAAUGUAUUGGUUUACGAUGAUUUUUUUUUUUUUUAUCUGCGAACAACUUUUCUACCAGAAAUCUUGCUCUGAUUUUCAAUUGUAGUAUUUUUCUGAAAAAAAAUUUGAAAAUAUUAUUUUUUGAUUUUCCAAACGGUUUUCAUAAUAAUUGGAUAAACUGGAAAAUGUACGUAAAUGUAUAAUAGUAACUUUGCUCCGAAUCAUUUUUUUGUUAGUAAUGAUUUAUCGUUGUAUACAGAUAGAAAUUAAAUUCCCCUGUAUAUCCUAUCUUAAUCUCUAAACUUCUCAUCUACAACAGUAGUCCAUCCAUCAAGUACUUUUCUCUGAACUGUAAACAAAUUAUGAAUUAAAUGAAAAUAAAAAGUUGAUGUCUCAACAUUUUCAGAAGACUAAAUUGUAUAAUGGCUAUCUUAAAUUUUUCAAAAAUACUAAAUAUUAAUUGAAAUAUAAAUAUUUUUAAUCCUUAUCCCUGUGAAUAAUAAUAGUAAUAAAAAAAAAAAAUAGAAUUUGAUUAUCUUUUAUUAUCUCUGGAGAUAUUACAAUGGUUAAUUUUCAUGGGAUAUCCUGUAUAUAUAUAUUUAUCAAUUUGUGUAGUAUAAUAUAUAAUUAACAAGAUAUUAUAUUAUACUUUUAACAAGGUAUUAUAUUAUUUAAGAUUUUAUAAAUACAUUAAAAUGUAAUUAUGUAUUAUUUUUGUUCUGUUUAGUUUCGUGUGGUCUUAUUAUUAGCAUGGUCUGGAGUAUUGCAGUUAAUGGUUUCUGAGCCUAGUGUGGUGAUCAGCACGUAUCCCAGUAAAGAGCCACCUUCAAUGACACCAGAAAUUGUGAGAACAAUUCCUGCAGAUUCUAGUAUAUCAGUGACAUGGACCAGUAUUCCUUUUCCUUUAGCCCCAAUCCUAUCCUAUCACUUGACCAUCCAAGAGCCUACAAAAGGGUACACCGUCUUCAAGGUCAGAAUUUAGUAUACGUUUAAAAUUUCAAUUUUGUUUAAUACUACUUCACCAGAAUGCAUGGUCUUCAGAGCACUUAUUAAUCUUAUUUAAAUAAAAAUUCUAUUAAAAAAGCUGUCCUAGGAUAAUGGGGACAGGUGCUGCAACUGUUGUAGGUGAGAAGGUAGGAUACAGAAUGGAAUUUAAUGUAUAUCUGUGAGCAGAGUUCAGUUAUAGUGGUGAUGCAUUGUCAUUAAAUAGGCAUUACAUAUUUUCUAUAAUAAUAUUUGUUUAAUAUUUUACCGAUUUUUUCCUAAAUUUGUCUCGGUUUUUCCAUUAACAUAAUAUUAUUUUUUUCCAUUUUUAAUGAAUUUUAUAAUAAAUAUUGUAUUAUUUAAUAAUUAUCCAAUCUAAAUAAUAUUAUGAUGCUUAAGCUUGAAAUUCAUUCUUGUACCAGGUGUUUCAUUUAAGUGGGUAUGUUUAUUAUCUCAGAAAGUAUUAACUUUUUUGGGAAUUUUUUUUCUAGAAAAUUUAAUAAAAAAGCUGCUCUAUAAUUUUAUAUUUAUGCUAUUUUUUUAUCAUCCUUAUUUUUGGAGGUAAAUCACUACCUACUUUUGAUUUUCAAAUGGCAUAUUAAAAUUUACUUAAACAGAUGGAGUAUUAGUUAUAAUACAUUUGAGUGUUAAAAUUUUUGACUUUUGUCAAGUCGUUGACGAGAUAUUUCACUUUUAAGUUUUGGUUAGAGGGGAGUAGUGGUGCAUAAUUAACACGCCGCGUGCCGUAUUGCUGCACAAAUGAUACUCCACCAGUCUUCUCUAACCUAAACUUAAAAGUCGAAUAUCUCGUUAACGAAUAAACGGAAAUCAAAAUUUUCAAUACUGAAACUUAUUUUAACUCCAUAUAUUUAUGGAAUUUUUAAUAUAGGUUGCCAUUUAAAAAUCAAAAGUAGGUAGUAGUUUUACCCCCAAAAAUAUGGGUAGUGAAAAAUAACAUUAAUAUAAAAUUGUAAUGCAGCACGUUAGUUAAAUAUUCUAGAAAACAAAUUCCGGAAAAAGUUAAUACUUUCAGAGAUAAUAAGCGUACCCACUUAAAUGAAUCACUCGGUAUACAAUUUAAAGAUAUUCGUAUUUUUGUUUACUAUUCAAUAUCUAUGAAUUGAAUAUCCGAGUGUAUAAUAUUAAAUGUAUAUAGUACACAUUGAGUUGAUUGAAUUGUAUAUAUAGCAUGUAAUCUUUUACAUUAACAUCCACAUAAACUUACACUGCAUAUUAAAUUAUAGUAUCCUGUGAUUUUAGGUCGAGCAUAAAAUGUUUCCUGCUGUGCGAACAUCGUACACUGGAAUAAUUUUUUCACUAGUUUUGACUUAAUGAAAUUCCUUCUUGUUAAAUUAAACUGAAAAUAAGAUAAUUUUUUUGUUUAGGUAUGGUUAUGUGGUUAAAUAAUUUGGGAUAUUAUAAUUGUUUCUAGUUGAUUAUCUUAGUAUAUUAUUUCUGUAUAUAAUAAAUUAAUGUAUAUAAUAGCCUAUAUGUAUAUUUAUAAUUAUCAAUCUAACUUCUAAAAUUUAAAAUUCUUCUUUAAAAUAUUUAUUCUUUUUAACAAAUGUCUUUGAUAUAACACUUUUCCUUACAUGAAUACUAUUAUCUAUUAAGUGUGAAAUUUAUGAUCAUUAUUGUUUAGGAAAUAUUGACUGGUAAAGAAAAUAUAACAGAACAUUUUUAUAUGUUCCGUAAUUUGGAAUCUGCAAAAAAUUAUACUAUUUCACUAGCUGCUAGAAAUGAGUAUGGUGUAGGACCAUUAACCAAUAGAUUUGUUAAAACACUUCCAAUAUCAAUAAGUAAAUAUAUAUUUAAAUAGCACAAUGUAACAUGUUUAAAUAUUUGAAAAAAUAAUGUACCUAUUUAAUUUGUUAUUGAUUAUUUUAGUAAAAUACACACCUGAACCUGUUAACUUAUUUCUUAUAUCUAAUCAUGAUAUAUUUGUUAAAACUACAGAAUUAAUAGACACACCUAUUAAAAUUUAUUCCACAAAUCAAACAAUCAAUGGUAUGAUUAUUUAUAAUAUAACAGAUAAUUAAACAUUUUUAGUCAAAGAAAAUAAUUAUGAAUUUCUUAUUUUAGGUGUAUCAAUUAAUAUACAUACAAAUAUUACAUAUAUAUCUGAUUCUUCUGGUGCAUUGCUAUUCUUGUUAAAUAAUAAGAUUCAUUAUUUAUUUACUACUAAAAAAGAUACAUUAUUGGACACCACUAUAGAUUGGCUUAAUAAUCAUAUUUAUAUUUUAAUGUUAUCAAUUUCGAACAAAAAUAUUAAAGUGUACAGUAUAAAGAGGUUUGAUUUGGAAGAAAAAAAUUUAGUUGAGAUAAUUUCUGGAUUUGAUCAUAAACCACUUCAAAUAAAAGUGGAUCCUUGUAAUGGGUACAUUUUUGAGUUAUUUGUAUGGUAUUUAUUUGUUAUAAUUACUUAUUUAAUAUCUCCUUAAAAACAGGUAUUUGUUUUGGACUACAAAAAUUGGUCUAUAUCGGUUAGACUUAAGUAAAAAAAUUUAUAAUUUAGAAAUGGAAAUGUCAAACUUGCUAAUAUUACAAAACAAAGAUAUUGGUCCGUUUGUUAUUGAUUACUUAAACUUUUGUUUAUUGGUGUUAUUUCAAAAAGAUAACACAAUUAUGUCAGUUUCUUUAGAUGGGUAAGUUUUUUAAUAUUAACAAAUAUAAUAUUAUCUUUAAUAGUACAAGCAUAUUUUUUGUUUGUUUUAUAGUCAAGAAGUAAUAGAUAUUAGAAACAACACUGAAACUGCUUUAUUUGAUGAUGCUUUAACUUUAACGUAUGUGAAUGGUUCAUUUUAUUGGACAAAUGGUUCAGUAUUGAUCGGAGAAGAAUAUUCAGUUAAUAAUCAAAAAUAUUAUCAACAUAUAUAUCCUGCCAUGAAAUAUGCAUACAAUUUAAUACUAUCUAAUUUUACUGACCAACAACCAAUACCAUUUCCUAAAAAUCCACCACAGUCUCUGCAAGCAGUCACCACAUCAGACAAAUUGAAAGCUACAUGGCAGAUUCCUCACUUAUUAGGCGGACAAGGUAAUAUAACAAUUAUACUGGUAUUGAAAAUAUUUUAAUUCUAUUGUUUUGUUCCUAUCACAUAUUUCUUUCUCACAAUAUAUGUCAUUUGGUACCUGACAGUAUUUUGAACCAUUGGUAAAAUCCUUAAUAAUAAAACAAAUUAAAGUUUCUACUUAUAUUCAGUAUUAAUUACUAUUAUGUUUGAUAAUUAUCUUUUUAAUUUAAAAGAAUUUAGAUUUCCAAAAAUAAUUUCAGUUCAUUAUUACUUGUGACUCCUCAAUCCAUAGUUAUUUAAAAUCACUAACUUAGUUAUUUAAUUAUCUUAAAAUAAAUCUAACUGACUUAAUUUUACAUUUUUCAACUUUCUUAUAACUACCGCUAAAGCAAUUAUUCAAUUGCUUUUUAUCAUGAAUACUGGGGAACGAAAACAAAAUAUUCUUUUAUGUUAAUGACUUCCAGGGACUAAAUGUACCCACUCAGUGACAAAAUGUCUUCCAACAAUUUUUGUUGAUGAAGACAAUAUAUCUGGAAUCAAAUAUCCUCAAUUCAUACAAAUGAUAUAAAAUUAGACAUUCUUAAAAGUUAAUAUUGUACAACUAUAAAUAUAACUCAAAAUAACAUUUUAGGACACAACUCAUGGCAAGGGUGGUCUUACCGGUUCUCAAUAUCAAUUGAAAAUGAAACUAAUUGGAAAAAUAUAGAUAUUAAUAAAACAGAAAUUGUAAUUGAUUCAUUAAUAUCAAGUACAAAUUAUGUAAUUAAAGUAGCUGCAUAUUCUUCUUCGGGUCAAGGACCUUGGUCCUCAGAAUUUAUAGUAAAAACAUUAAAUCAUAAUGUAUCUGUACUUUGGGGAAAUGCUCAACAGAUAUUGAUUUCUGAUAUUAUGGGCGAUUCCAUACAAACAAUUUUGCUUUAUGAAGAUGAGGUAAAUAUUUUAAUUAUUUUACAGUUUUAAUAACAUAGAAAUAAUUAUAUAAAGAUGAACACAUUUUUUUUACUUAUUUUGAUGAAAAAUAGAUAGUAUUUAUUAUUAUACAUUUUUAGAAUACUUUCAAAAAUACUUCAUUAAAUGAUGUUGCUUGGUAUGAAGAUUGUGUUUAUUAUGUAGUAAAUUCAAGUAAAAUUAAUUGGGUGAAUUCAAUAACUCUCCAAAACGGUACAUUGGAAGGAAUUAAUAGUGUUCAAAGUAUAGCAAUUGACUGGUUGGGUCGGAAAAUUUAUUGGGCAGAUCCAUCAAAACAAUCUGUAAUCACUAAUUGGUAUUUAUAUUUUAAAAUAAUAAUAAUUAAAAUUGAAUUUUUAUUUAGAUAUGGAGAGAUGAUUUAUAUGGAGGUCAACGAGAAUUACUUAUAGGAGCUAAUAUUGUUAAAGAAUUAAAAGUAGAAUCUGUGGGUGGUUACUUAUAUUGGUCGACAGGAUUUUCAGUGAUGUCUUCAAAACUCAAUGGUGAAGAUCAACAAUUAUACUAUAAUGCAGAUUAUUUUUCUGGAAAAAGAGGUAUAUUAUGUGAUACAUAUUUUUAAAAAUCUACUUGUAAAAUUAGUAAAAAAUCUAAUUUUAAUUUAUCAACAUUUAAAUUUUAGUUAUGAGCUUAGCUGUUGAUCCUGUUGAUCAUUGGGUGUAUUGGAUACUUCGCGAAAAUGACAAAUCAAAACUGUUCCGUGCACCAACUGCUGAAAAACUCAAAGAUUUCAUCACUCCAAGUCCUGUAAAAGAAUUUGAUCACUUAUGUACUCAAGGUAUAAACUAUUAAAAUAAUGUGGAUUAGAAGUAGAUAUCAAGUUAUUUUGUUUUAUAUUCAGGACCUUUAUUCUAUGUAGACCAUCAUUUGCUGUGGCUUCACAAUGGUAAUGACAUAAUGAUGAGUGAUACAGAUGGCCAAUAUCCAGCAAUUAUAAGAGCUAUGAAUUUGAAUGGUAUUCAGACAUUUAGUGUAUUUGAUCGAUAUGCUCAUCCAAAACCCAAAGGUAUUUUAAGUAUGAAUAAAAACAAAAACAUUUAGAAAAUAUAUUUUCUAUAAUUGAAAAUAUACCUAUUUGUUCACUAUAGGAUCAUAUGAGAAAACAAUAUUCUUUAUAUAAAAAUUGUUUACACGGUGUUCAAUAUAAAGAUAUUCAAUACUAAUUUAUCAUAAAAUAUAAAAUGUAAUGAUUCAUCAUUUCCUUAGGUUUAGAAACAAAUGUAAUUCCAGAUGAAGUAGACCUUAAAACGAUAAAAGUUAAUUAUAGAAAUAAUGAAAAUAUAUAUGAUAUCAUUUGGCAGCCUGUACAAAAUGUUAAUCAUGGAUUGGUGUCUUAUGCUGUUAAAGUUUUAUACGAAGAAAAUAAAAAAGUAGAUUCUUUAGUUAGUAUAUUAUUGAAAAUAUUAUAUAUUAAAUUUCUAUUAAUAUUGUCUUGUACAUAAUACAUUAUGGAUACUAAUAAUACCUUAAUGUUGGUAAUAUUUAUUGUAAUAAAGAAAAUUGCAUGUUUUAACAGUUAUUUAACACACCAAAUACCAAAGUGAAUGUUGAAAGUAUACCAUUAGAAAUCAGUAUUAAAGCUUCUACAGUUUGGGGUUCUUCACAAGUAGUAACAAUUUAUUCACCAAUUCCCUCUGCGCCAACAGAUAUUAGAAUUUUUACAAACUUUAGUGAUGAUAAUCAAACUAGAGAUAUUAUACUACAACAUUCUACAAUUGAAAAUAUUACCAACUAUGAAAUUAAGUGCUAUAAACAGUUAAUAGUAGUAAACAAUUUUUGGGAACCGUGUUCAAAGAAAAGUAUUGUAUCAACUAAAACACAAACAAUAUGGUCAAAACUUAUUCUUAAUGCAGACUAUUUAUUCAAAGUAAUAGUUUAUUAUAAUUAUUUGUGAAAAUUAUAAUUAAUAAAAUAUUAUUGAAAUUAGAUAAGAGCUUGUUCUAUGGCUGGUUGUGGUGGAUGGAGUGAAGAUUUAAUACUCAAUCAAACAUCUAGAAUUUUUCCAUUUAAAACUGCUAUGGUAUGUGGUUCUAGAAUUAUGAUUUUCCACUCAAAUAAACCAAAUAAUCAUCAAACAAUGUUACAAACAAAUAGUUUGGUUACUAGUUUUACUUUAAAUUAUGUAGAAGAUAUUGCAUUUUGGACAGAUAGUAAAACUAUAUAUAGUUCACCAAUAAAUAAAUCAAUUAAUAUAAAAGUAAUUCAAUUAUUUGACUACAAUGUUUUCUAUUAUUACUAUUAUUAUUGUUGUAUUAUUAAAACAUUUUUUUUUUUUAGAUUCACUCAAUUGUAUCAGAUAACACAAACAUAGAAAAUCUUUCAUUUGAUUGGAUAUCAAAAACACUAUUUUGGUGUGAAACUAUUGAAAAUCAAUCAAAAAUUGUAGCAUUUGAUUUCAGGGUUCAACAAAUGAAAACAAUUAUGAUAAGACAAAAUAAAAUAUUCCCGUCUUCAGCUGUACUUUCUGAAGGGUAAGAAUUAAUUUAUUAUUAUUUGUGGUUUGUACUUAUUAUUUGUAAAAAAAAAAAAAAAAAAAUUAUUUAAUUUAUAGUUUAUUCAUUUGGAUUGAAAAAAUACCAGAUUCUAUUGAGAAACAUAUUUUAAAAAGUAAUAUGAGUGGUACAGAUAUUGAAACAUUUUUAUACACUAGCAACAAUAAUUGCAAUUGCUCUAACCUUCACCCAUUUAGUAAUGUAUUGACAUUGUAUGUGUCAAAUAGUGGUAAAAUGAGACUUCUUUGGGUUGAAGGCAAAAGUCAAAAUAUUGUUGUAUCUGAUGUUAAUGGAUGCAAAUGUUCAACUAUAUUUUCACUGAACUCUACUCUUUAUUUAACAUCAUUAGCAAUUGAUAAACACAAUAUUUAUUGGACAACAAAUAAUUCUAUGUGUUCUAUAAAGAUAAAAGAAUUAAAUGAUACACCAUUAAUUGAAAAAAAUGUUUCAUUGUAUUGUGUAAAUAAUGUAACAGCUGUAUAUACAAUUGAUGGGUUAUCUGAUCCAAGUAAGUUACAAAAAUCAUUAAUACAUAUUAAUAUUAUAUAUCUGCUUAUUGGUACUAGAAAUACUUAACAAAAUAGUGUGUGAUUUCUAAUUAAGUAGAUUAUGCUUCAUUAAGCUUUUUUUCAUAACAUUAUUUUCUCAAUUUCGUUAUUGGUAAAACUCCCUAUUAAACACUUCUAAUUUUAUCUAAUCAAAUAACUUCAAAUAUCCAUAUGAUUACAUUCAUUUUUAUUCUAGUUUCUUUCAUUCAACACCCAACUCCAGUUACAUGCAACAUUGUGAGUACCAGUUCUAUACAAAUAACAAAAUAACUAUAUUUAUAGAUUUAUCCAAUUCCAAUCUUAAAAUAUCUAUUUUUAAUUACAUUAAUGAAUCCAAAUCUCAAUUAAUUUUUGUUUCUAACAUGGUUAAAUAUUACUCCAAUUAAAAAAUGAUAAGAAAGCUUAUUUGUAGUAUAUUUUGGAUCUAUAUUGUGCAUUAAGGAGAUCAUUUUUGGUUUUCCAUGUAGUUUUCUUUAUAAUUUUGGAAAAAUGUUUUAAACAUGAAAAGGUUACAAUAUUGUUUCAUUUUUUAUUGUAGUUUUGUUAUAAAUAAUUAACAGAAUACUUAUAUCCUAUUAUACCCUUUUCAAAAUGUUAAAAAUAUUUCCAGCAAUUCUUAAGCUAUUUAAUAUUUUCAAAUUUUUUGACCUAACAGAAAUUCUUGAAAAUUUAACGCUAGGUUCAUUAUAAGAUUUAUUUAGUGGUAAAAAUAUUAAAACAAAAUAUUAACUGUAAUGUAAUUAAAUUAAAGUUUAAAUUUUUCAAAAUCGUAAAAAUUAUGGCAUUUUAAAAUAUCUGUAAUUGAAUUUGCCCAAAAUCGUAAUUUGUCAUCAAUGAUUUAUUAUGCUGACAGAUAUAAAUUAAAUAAAUGUUUGUAUUCUAAAUUCCUACCUACAACUGUGGCACACCAAUUAGUAGUAUCAACUUAUUUAAAUGUAUACUCAUAACAUAAUUAAUUACUUUUUUAAUUUAUUUUAAUUUUAUGUUAUUCUAUAGUUAAAAAACCAUGUCCACCAGGAUUUCCUCAAGUUAAUCGGACACUACCAUCUGUUUAUAUGGUGUACUGGUAUCCAUCAGAAUCGCGCGUUAAAGGUUAUUCAUUGGAAAGAAUAAUUAUUAGUGAAGUGAGAAAUAAAAGAAGUUUGAAUCCAAAUACUACUAAUUGGAUAACAGUAUAUAGUGGACCUGGUAAUUAAAUAUUAUUCAAAUUAAAAUUCCAAAUUUAUCUUUGGCAGUGUGUUAAUUUAAUUUUUUUUAGAGAAUCAUUGGUUCAUGUCUGACGUAAAACCUGACAUAGUAUUUAAAUUUCGUGUCAAGGCAGAGAAUCAUCAUGGUUGGUGGAGUGAAUAUAGAACGUCUGAUGAACCAUUUAAUCCUCAAAUUCAAGUGGAAACAUUAAGAAAUGAAGAUAUUCCAUGGAAAAUAUUAAUAACAGGAUUUAUUCUAAUAUCUCUUUUCUUGACAAUAUUAAUUAAAUAUUGUAUGUAUUUUAAUUUUAAAUUAAAACAAUUUGUUUUAAUUACUUAUUAAAUUUUGAAUUUAGCUGGUUGGGAUACCUUCAAUACUAAAGGUCCUAUGAGGCCUGAUGUAGAAUUAGGAAGACUCAGAGAAAUGCCACAAAGAUCAACAUUUUUUCAUGCUGUAAAUGUGGGUUACCAAAGUGCUGUAUUAUUCCAAAAAAAAUAUAAAAAUGAACUACCUAGUAUUAAGCGCGAACACAUAAAACUUACAAAACGAUUAGGUUCGGGAGCUUUUGGAGAAGUUUUUGAAGGCAAAGUUAAAGAAGCGAUAAGAGGAGAUUCUGAAAUACGUGUUGCUAUUAAAUCAUUAAAAGAAGGGGCCACUCAAUGUGAAAUUAUAGAAUUUACAAAAGAAGCAAAAUUAAUGAACAAUUUCCAACAUAAACAUAUUUUGCAACUAAUUGGAGUAUGUUUAGAUAAUGACACUAAUUUUAUUGUUAUGGAACUUAUGGAAGAAGGCGAUUUAUUAAGUUACCUUAGAAAAAAUAGACCAACUAAUGUAUGAUUUAAAUUGUAGUUUUCUGUAAAUAAAAAAAUUGCAUGUAACCAAUAUGUUUGUUUACAGGUUACCAAAUCAAGUUUAAAUCUCAUUGAUUUAAUAAGUAUGUGUAUUGAUGUAGCUGAAGGAUGUUCAUAUUUAGAACAAAUGCACUUUAUUCAUCGAGAUUUGGCUUGUCGCAAUUGUUUAGUAUCGUCAUCUGAUCCAAAAGAGCGAAUAAUUAAAAUAGGAGAUUUUGGAUUAGCAAGAAAUAUUUAUACACAUGAUUAUUAUCGAAAAGAAGGAGAAGCUUUACUGCCUGUUCGGUAAUAUUUUGUACGUAAUUAAUAAUACAUUUUGUAAUUAUAUCACAUUUUUCUUUUUUAGGUGGAUGUCACCAGAAUCUCUUGUAGAUGGAGUAUUUACAAGUCAAUCUGAUGUUUGGGCAUUUGGUGUCUUACUAUGGGAAAUAAUGUCAUUGGGUCAACAACCCUACCCAGGACUAUCUAAUAUAAAUGUCAUGUAUCAUGUUCAACAUGGUGGAAGGCUUGAAAAACCAACCAAUUGUCCUAAAACAUUGUAAAUAUAUAUAUAUAUAUGUAUAUAAGUAUACUGAUUUUAUUUAUAGGUAUGCUGUAAGAAGUAAAGUGACAGAAUAUGAAAAAUUAUAAAACUUAAAAAAGUGUUAUGUGUUUUAAAAGAUUUAAAAUUAUGGGGUGUGAAGAGAAUUUGAGUAAUCGAGGAAGACAAAGAUAUUAUUUUAGUAAUAUUAAUAAUAUUUUAAAUGAUUUCCAUUAAAAUGUUAAAAGAACAUGCCAAUAUAUUUUUUUUCUCAUAAUAAGAUCUUUGAUGAAUUUAGGAUAAGAGUUUAAAUAAGGGGAUGGAACAUACUGCACCAUUAUAUAAAAAAUCAUUGCAUUCAAACAAAUUGUGUGACAACUACAAUUUGCAAAAAAAAAAUGGAAAAAAAAAUUAAAUUAAAUUAACUUUUUUUUUUUUUAUUGCAGAUAUAAUUUAAUGCGAAAAUGUUGGAAUAGUGAACCUGAAAAACGUCCUAGAUUUGAAUUCUGUUUAAAAGUCCUUAAAUCAUAUAUGGCUAUGCCAUUGGAUUAUGUUAAUAUAUCCCAUGAUUGUAAGUACAUUUAUAUAUUACAAAGUACUAGUAUUGAUUACUCUUAAGGAUUAGCUUAUUUACUUAUUUACUGUAGAUUAGUGGUAUAUACUAUAUAAUAAUUUUAAAUUUAAUGUACUAUUUCAAUUUAUUAUUUAGCGCAACUACAGAAUGUUUCAUUAGAGACAUACACAAUCAACCUUAUUUCAUGUUUAGAUUCUCAAAAGAAAUGUUCUCAACCCAUAAGUAAUGAAGGAUAUGAAAUUCCAGUUAAAAUUACUAACAAUGAAUACUUAGAGCUGUGUAAUGAUGUGUGCGAAUACUUAGAUUUAUCUAGAAUGCCAACAGGUAAUAUAGUUGAUUCUAGAGAUUCAGAAUUAGAAUCAAUUCCUGAAGAUAUUAAUUUAUUAUAUUGUAACAUGAGUCCAGAACAGUAAUAGAAUUAUUUUUACCAUUUAUACUGUUAAAUAAUUAUCAUAAGGCAAAAGACUUAAAAUUAGUUUUAUAUUUCGUUGAUAUUUAAAAAUAUUAUAUUAGAACAAUAUAAUUAUUAAUAUCAUACUUUUAAAAUUAGGAAUUAAUCAACUCUUGUAUUAUUAAUUAAAAAUUAAUUAAUUAAUUGUUGAACUACUAUUUAAGUGUAUUUAAUUAAUGCUAUUUAUUAGCAGGCAAUGUAUUUGUAUUAUAUAAAAAUCACCCUCAUAAUUUGUCGUAUACAUUUAUUGUCUAAGAUGAAAUAUUUAAAAGUGCAUCACUUUUACGUUUUUACAUUAUAAGUAGUUCAAAGUUCCUAAAUAAAAUGUUUUGUGUAAGUUACAUUAAAUUUAAGUAUUUGUAAAUUAAUGUAAUAUAUUAUUAUCUCAAGUAAAAUAUAUUUAAAAUAAAAGUUAAUUUAAUUGUUGAAAACAAUUUUUUUUAUAAGUUAUAAAAUUGUUAAUAUUUAUAUUAAAUAUUUUAUUAUUUUCCUCUAAAUUCUAUAAUUAUUCUUCAUCAAAUUUAUAGUUCAAUUACUAAAAAUGGAGAAUACUGAAAAAGAAUUAAUGAAAAAAUCACCAGCUAUUUCAAAAACCAUAUAUAAAAGCAUUUAUCAAAAACUUAUUAAUAGAAUUGGCAGGACACUUAUGUAGAGUUAAUGGUAUCUGCAAACAAAUUCUGAUAAGUGAAAUCAACGGUAAAAACCCCAGAGGCCGCCCUAGGUAAUGAUGGUUAGAUACAUUGAAAGCUGAUUUGGUAAAGGUGGCACCAGAAAUGAAACUAGAUGAGAUUAAAAAUAUGGUGAGGUAGUGGGUAAUAGUGGAAGCAGUGAAGGCCCUAAAUGGGAUGUAAAAGCUAAAAAAAAAAAAAAAAAUUCUGAGCAGAAAUAAUUGAUAUUGUUGCUUUUUCAACAUUAUUUAUGUUAUACUAUGGUAAGAAAAUUAUACAUACAUUAUAUAUUUUCUUUAAUAAUAUUUCUACAAUAUUGUACUUAUUUUCCUG